AUGGACGUUUUCAAAAUCGACCAGUCGCUGAGCGCGGGUCUGGGUAGCGCCCCGGCGCCAGACACCCUUACACCGGAAGUGUCGUUCGACGCUGGUAGUGAGUUCAAUCUGAGCUUCUUCGACGGGCCGGAGGAGAACAGCACCCAAGGCUUCAGCGACCCUGGUUCCGUUGGUAGCGCCAGUGCAUCGCCUCCGCCAGGAACGCCUGCCAGCAUCCCUGUAAACCCCUCCAACGCUGCCCUACCGAUUGUCCAAGUGCCCCCUGGCAUCGUCAUUAAGCAAGGAUCUUUUUAA